AUGGCACCCAAGGCCAAGAAAGCGGCACCCGCGCCCUUCCCUCAGGGCAAGGCCGGCUCCAAGAAGCCCGCCAAGAACCCCCUCCUGGAGAAGCGCCCCAAGAACUUCGGUAUCGGCCAGGACAUCCAGCCCCAGCGCAACCUCUCGCGCAUGGUGCGAUGGCCCGCGUACGUCCGCCUCCAGCGCCAGAGGAAGAUCCUCAACCUCCGGUUGAAGGUCCCUCCUUCCAUUGCUCAGUUCCAGCACGUUCUCGACCGCAACACCGCCACCCAGGCUUUCAAGCUCCUCAACAAGUACCGACCCGAGACCAAGGCCGAGAAGAAGGAGCGUUUGACUAAGGAGGCCACUGCUGUCUCUGAGGGCAAGAAGAAGGAGGAUGUCUCGAAGAAGCCUUACGCCGCCAAGUUCGGUCUGAACCACGUCGUCGGUCUCAUCGAGAACAAGAAGGCGUCGCUCGUGCUCAUUGCCAACGACGUUGACCCCAUUGAGUUGGUUGUCUUCCUUCCCGCUCUCUGCCGCAAGAUGGGCGUCCCAUACGCCAUCGUCAAGGGCAAGGCCAGGCUCGGUACCGUCGUCCACCAGAAGACCGCCGCCGUCCUCGCCCUUACUGAGGUCCGCUCCGAGGACAAGAGCGAGCUUUCCAAGCUUAGCUCUGCUAUCCAGGACGGCUACCUUGAGAAGCACAAGGAUGCCAACCGUCACUGGGGUGGUGGUAUCAUGGGUGCUAAGGCCAACGCUCGCAUGGACAAGCGGAGGAAGGCUCUCGAGAGCGCUAUCAAGAUCUAA